AUGAGCGUGGAAAAACGUAGACUCGUGGAAAAAUUGCACGCGCCGGCGCGAAAAAACUUUCCUUUGCGCGGUUACGAUGACCUGUGGCAGGCCGACGUGGUCGAGAUGCGCCCCUAUUCGCACGCAAACGCGGGUCAUCGAUGUGCUGAGCAAGUACGCCUAAGCGAUCCCGCUCAAGAGAAUCUGCAAACGGACAAAGGAAAAGAAUUCUACAACGCCGACGUGCCCAAAAUCCUCGACGAGCGCGAGGUGAAUCACUACUCCACGUAUUCGGUGAUGAAAGCGUCGGUGGUGGAGAGAUUCAAUCGCACGCUGAAAAACGACAUGUGGAAGCUCUUCACGCUCCAGGGAUCGUACAAAUGGAUAGAUUCGCUGCCGCGCCUCUUGUCGAAUUACAAUCGCCGCAGACACAGAACGAUCCGAAUGCGUCCGGCGGACGUGACGCCCACUGUCGCCGAAAAGCUGCUGCGCACGGUGUACAGUCGCGCGAAGAUAGCCGCGCCGGCGAAAUUUCGAGUCGACGAUCCGGUGCGCGUGAACAAAUUCAAAACGAUCUUCGAAAAAAGCUACAUUCCCAAUUGGACCACCGAGAUCUUUCGCAUAGCCAAAGUACAAAAGACCAAUCCCGUUACGUAUCUGCUGAAAGACGUUCGCGGAGAAACGAUAGCCGGAGGAUUCUACGAACACAAGUUGCUACGCGUCUCCAAUCCCGACGUCUAUCUCGUGGAAAAAGUCCUGCGCAAGCGCGGCAAUCGAGCGUUCGUGAAGUGGUUGGGAAUGGACAGUUCGCACAAUUCGUGGAUAGAUAAUACGUCUGUAUUGUAA